AAACCUGUUGGAACUCUCUGCAACAGAACAUUCCAGCGUGAGGAAACAAGCAUCAGACCAUACACCAGACCACUACUUUCAGGUAAAAUGGAUUCCGUUAGAGGAUUUACAGAGCUACGAGGUAACCAGGGCAGAGACGGAGAAGAGGAAGGGGUUUUAUCAGUGGAGCCUAUCACGAUGAUAGUGCCGCCUGAGUUGCAGGACUUGCCGGAAACAAUGGCGCUUAAGGGAAGCGCCAGUUCGAGCGCUAGGGGUGACGGUGGCAACCAUCCUACUGUGUCGUCUAGUAGGUCGUCCACUGAAGAGACACCCAGCUGUGAAGAAGGGAUGGGGGAUGUGGUGAGCAGUGUCUCAGAUCGGCUGGUGGUUGGGGAAUGGGAAGGCGUGACAAUCCCGGGCAGGUUGAGUAACCUACGAAAAGCACCGAAGGACCUGCUCGCUGGAUUCAAGUUCAAGGCUGCACUUCAUCAUGAAGUAGCAGAUUGUGCGCCCUCCAUAAGUGGGUAUAAAAGACUCAAGGAGAUGGUGAGGGCGUACCACAUCCCCAAAACCAUAUUGCUGCGGACAGGCGGGCAGAACGAAAGGGUGUGCACAGUGUCGCAAACGGGCUGGAUUCCAAUGUACGCGGACCACUUUGACGCCGGCCUGCGGUUUCCCCUACCCGGAUUGGUAUUCGAUCUGCUCGCAGAUUACGAGCUGGCGUUGACGCAGCUAACGCCCAACAGCAUAAGGUUCAUCAUAGGCUUUAUGUUGUUGUGCACGAAAUUGGGGGUACCAGCUAAAGCGAUAGUAUUCAGGUCGUUGUUCCAGUGUCCAAUGUGCCCGAACUCCAGGGGUUCCAAGUGGUACUAUCUCUCUGAGAGGGAGAAGAGCCAGCUCUUCAAAAAUGUGAGGAAUAAGGUGGCGAGGUGGAAAAAACAGUUUAUUUUCGUUCGCGACACACGAGCAGAAAGGAUAAGCAACGACCUUGCUGCCUGGCUAUCAGAAUGGCGCACGCCACAUGCCCAUAUCAACUACCCUCAGCUGCUGCCACGGGAUAUCGAUCUGAAGAACCAGCUGCUUGAGUAUGCGAAGAGGGAGAGUCUAAUAGAUUUAGAAGCCCUAGUUACCUCGGAGCAACUUGCCGCGUUCGGGUUUGUCGAUGUGACAAACCUGUUUAGCAAAGGUAUAUUUUUAUCAUAUAGCAUGGAUUCUAGCCAAGCGGCACCUCGCAGAGGCAAACGUGAUUCGACGAGCGGCCGCCUGCGGUGCCUCACUCACGCAGCUCGUCCCAUCGAGGAUCCAACUAGGCAUCUAGUCCGCAGGCUGAGCAUAGGGUCGAGGUGGCAGCUCCCAGUUCACGUAGGCGUGCACGUGGUCGCUCUUGCAACUGUGCGUUCACCUACCGCGCCGUCAGCGACUGCGCGGGCAGCAGCAGAGCCUGCAUCUGCGUCGGACUUAGUGUCAGGCCCCAGGAUCGCUUAUCCUGAGGGCUUCAGCUAUGUGAGGGCGGAGUGCCAGCCCGCCAUGGUGCAAGACAUGCACAGCUUUGUGCCCCCCGCAGAUAGUAAGCGGGCAAAAGCAUUUGUGCAGCAGUAUGGCGGCCAGGUCGCCAUGAUAAAACUGAUGGAUGCGUUCAGCUACGCAGUAGCAUUGUUUGAGAGCGAGCAAGGGGCUCACUCUCAAAAUAAUGAACUCAGUGCAAAUUGUAAACAGCUAGCUGCUGAGAAGGCCAGCCUUGUGGAGGACGUUAAUCAUCUACAAGGUUCGGAGAUGGCCAAUCGAGCUGCUGCCGCGGAGAGCCGAGCAGAUGAGCUUGCUAAUAGGAAUAACGAGCUCAGGGAGGAGCUGAAUCGAGCCCGGGCUGAAAAGGAAAGCGGGAUUCAGGCGGCCAGAGAUGAGGCCGCCUUCGCUGAGGAGCGGGCUAAAAGAAUUGAGGCUGAAAGGGACCGUGCUCUGAACGAGCUGAGCUCCCUGAGGCGACAACUGGUGGGCUCAGCCGUUUUUCAAGAUGCAGUGGCGGUGGCGUCUGCGAAUGUAACCACGGAGAUCUAUAACGAGAUCCGUGGGAAGGUGCUACACCAUCGCCCAGAUUUUCCCAUUUGCAAGCUGGCAUUUUUUGACGGGGAGGACAUUGACGAGCAGGGUAAGAGCCUUGCUCCCCUGGCUGACACAAUGGUGCGGUUGAGGUGGAAUCUCAACGAGGAGGGUGUACCUGUCUGGCCACCCUCGGUUCUAGAGGAGGGGGAGGAUCCAGCAGGGCUGCCUUCCUUUGAUGGAUGGGUAGAGGGUGUUCCUGUAGCUGAGCAGGAGCCUUCAAGCACCCCGCCCACCUCUCAGCCCGCCAUAGUGCCGGCGAGCUCUCUUGUCAAUGCGCCAGCUCCCGAGCCCGCUGCUCGCUCGCCUCUAGCUCGCUCCCUCCGCUCGCAGUUGAUGCGUCCAUGCCCGUCGAUUUGACGGAUGACUAGUCUUAGGAGUUUUUGUUUCAUUCUUUUGUAUUUUUGUUUUGGCAUUUUUGUAUUUGAUCAAUAGAUUCAUAUCAUAUGUACUUCUAAUGUAACAUCGUUGAUGAAAUACAAAAAUGAAUUUUCC